GCAGCCACUAAGUGUACUCUAACGGAGCCAAAGGCUAGAGUCAAGUGUGGGUACCCCAGGAUCUCAGAGAAGGACUGCACAGACAUAGGUUGCUGCUUUGAUGACAGCAUUCCCCAAGUGGUGUGGUGUUACCAGCCAGAAAUUCAAGCAGAGACCGUCGAGUGCGCUGUCCUGCCCAAACAGAGAGAGAACUGCGGCUACCCCGGCAUUAGCAUGGACCACUGUUACAAGAAGGGCUGUUGCUUCAACUCCAGUGUACCCGAUCCCAUAUGGUGCUUCUACUCAGACAUCACAAUGGUAAUGUAG